AUGUCGGGAAACGAUCAAAGCAGCAUCGUCCCGCUGCUGGGACCGGAGUUAGACAACCGUACAAAAACGCUCGUAACGGAGAAGCUAGAAGACGAGAAUCGGACGGCCGGUGACAGUUUUCCGUCUUUUACGGUGUCGUCAGAAUCACCACCCCUGUCCCCAACAUCCUUUACGACGUCAUCCUCGACCUCACCCGUACCCUCCUCCGCAUCUUCCUCCUCUACCUCCGCCACAUCGUCAACUGGGUCACUUGUACAGCCACCAUCAACCAUCUUGCAACCGAUCAACUAUCAACCUUCGUCGGUCGAAUUGUCCUCCAGCGCUGUAACAACAGCCGGUAUCAGUACGUGCGAGCCAAUCGGCGAGAGCAAAGGGCGCCAUCGUACCGACCCGUGCGAUAAACUCUGCCGUAAGCGGCCGGAAGAGACGGAGCACCGGUCAGAGUCCGGCGGGAGGCGGGCGGUUAGUACGGACGGGGCGGAGGCGGGAUCGGGACUGGGGAUCGGUGUGGAGGAAGCAUCCGGCAGCUCGGUGCUACCGGAUCUGUCGUCUUCCGGCGACGAGCGGAUCAAGGAGCUGACCGACGGUAACGAUUCGGAAACGACGACGACACGAAUCAUUGCGGAAGGGGAAGGUACCGAUCCCGCCCUCGUAUCCGGCACAACCGCCAUUGCUAACGAACAGAAAGCGGAGGACGAGGAGCAAGAGCACCGAUCGGAGCAGGGCGAGGUUGACUCAGCAGCACGUGCGGGUCAGAAAGUGGUGGUCGGGCGGCGGGUGGCAUCGCUGGUGGGGUAG